AUGUACGAACCAGCUCCGCCUAGACCCAAGAAAACAGAUAUUGUCCGCUCGCGUAAUGGCUGCCAGAGCUGUCGCAAACGACGCACCAAAUGUGAUGAGGAAAAGCCAGCGUGCGGGACGUGUGUUAGGCUGGGGAUAGUGUGCGAGAGCGUCAAGCUAGACUUAAAAUUCCGAGUCGUGACCGCACCUCCUCCAAAGGAAACAAGCGGAAAGACGGAGUCAGCCGAACCAGACUCAAGUCGCCUGGGGCUGCAGCUCUUCGGCCAACAUGGUCGAAGUUCUCAAAUCCCGAACAUCAACCUCGCCCACUCGUUGCAACAUACCGAUCGAGAUGUCUUUUACUCGACUUACUGGGAGGAUCACUGCUUGCCAGCACUACAUCCGAUAUUCCGUUGCGCAUCUAAGCUGCUUGGGUUUCCAGCGUUGAAAGAUGCCAUCCUCGCUUUAUCUUCAUGCAAUAUCAGUCGCAUUUAUGCUGAAAGAAAAUACUCAACAUCCUUUGCGACUAUGGGAACACUUAGUCCAAACCUUAUACACCAAACAAGGAGUCAGCUGUAUUAUUCUUCUGCGAUCAAAAGAUUUAUUUCGCUCACUCAAGACGACCACCAAAAUAAUGCCGCAGAGGUCCUUACUAUUCUAGUUAUCUUUGGCUACAUUGAAGCGUCUAUGGGUAAUUUUGACGGAUACUAUUGUCACGUCCAAGGCCUGUCGGCAUUUCUUGUCGAACUCGGUGAGAUCACUGGAGAUUCACUUUACAGGGCUCUCCUCAUUUCAUGGCUACAGUCGCAAUUUCUGGUCUGGUGGGCGCGCGCAUACUUCAGUUCUCUCAAUGUACAACGAAAUAUGCCCUCGAUUGAUUUCGCAAGGGGCCUUGGAGGAACCUCUGGCUCCCUCCACGAUAUACGGGCUGUGGUUCUAAGCAUUUUAUGUGAAUCCCAUCGACUAAAUGUGAAAGAAACUCUCAAACAUUGGACAGCCCAAACAGAUUUCGAACUGGCCCUCGCAAGCGAUUUGCAGUCCGACAGAGAUGACAUGGAAGGCCAUCUCGCGCGAUUACAGGAUGAAUCCAAAAGGCUCGACGAGUGGCUAUUAUAUCUGCCACCAUCGGAACAACCGCUUGUGGGUGAUGCGUCAGAAACAUCGCCCAUCUUUUUUCAAGCACACGAUGCAGCCCUGAAUUUUGCUUACUACGUUGUGGCCCGGAUUAUGCAAUGCACGUCCUUCCUACAAAAUCUUCCAUAUCGCGACGCCCAGCAUCUUGGUAGUGAGUGCUUGGAGAUAGAACCAUGGACCCGCCUCCUACUUCGAAUUGUCCAAGGGACCGACAUGCAAACGUCCAUUAUCCGGAAUAAUUAUACAAUAGGGUUCUCGGGUUUGUUAUUAGCCGCGUCUCUCCGCUGUCAGGAACUCUCUCUUGGCAUGCAGUUCCAACAGUGGCUGCAGAUUUUAGAGGAAAAGCAGCCGACGGAGGAGGGGGCUUUCCCUGUAUACCAGGCGCUUGCUGUUGUCAAGGCGAUAAAUCGACAGAGGACAAUGGGCCGCGACGUGUUCGGGGUUUCGCAGCCUAUGGAUGAUGGCGGUGGAACACCCAAGUUCACUCAUUAUAACAGCCAGAUGAUCACUACCAUUUUGCUUCAUGGGAAGUCGAGAUAUACUGGCGACCUCUUUACAGAGUGUAUAGAUUUAGAGUAG